GAUAUUGUUCGCCACUUGCAUUCGGAAGAGGUCGUGGAACAGUCAGUAGAAAUUUUCGAAGUGGAAAAGAGAUAAUAUUUUAAACAGAGACUUUGAGAGAUUUAAUCAGACCACAGACUAUAAAAGAUGGACCACAAUCAUGGUGAUGGCGACGACGAAGGUUGUCCGAUGAUUAUGACGUUCCACGUCGGCAAUUGUGAAGCAAUUUUAUUUAAAAAAUUUACCGUGAAAACCGUUGAGGAAUUUGUAUCGGCUGUGGUAGUAAUUUUUCUCAUUUCAAUUGCCUAUGAAGGCCUAAAAUUCUGGCGCGAAAAAUUGUACAGUGAUUAUGCAGCCGAAACAGCCACCGCAUGUUCAUCCAUAAAAGCGAGCACAUCCCAAUUAACAUCGGCACAUAACAAACGGAGCGUAAACAAGAAAUCGAUUGUUCAGUUAUUGACCCAGAAGAUACAUCUGGUUCAGACAUUAAUGCAUUUCGUACAAAUAACUGUAUCGUACUGUCUUAUGCUAAUUGUGAUGACCUUCAACGUAUGGCUGGUCUUGGCUGUUAUUUUGGGGGCAGCAGUUGGAUACUUUUUCUUCGGGUGGAUCCGACAACGGUCUAUCGAUGUUGUCGAACAUUGUCAUUAGAAGUAAUUGGCUGAAUUGUAAGCAUGGAAAAGUGAAAUUCGUCGGAUAAUUUCUGGUUUCUGGAUAGUUUGUGGGCUGUUCAG